GGAUGUCUGGAGGCGAGGCGUCCCAUUACAGAGGAAGGAGCUCCCUAUAUAAGCCAGCCAAAGCUGGCUGCUCUGGCCACAGCCUGCCUACUGUCACACGCCUCUCCCGCGCAGACACACACCCCAGCCUCUGGUGGGCACAAAGACCAGGCUUGGGGAGGCGCUGCGCCCCGUGGGAAGUCGCCGCGGCUCAGCCCAGGUACUUCUUCAGGGAGCCUAUGUGCCCAUCGACCUAGAUUUCCCCGACCUGGAAAAGAUUGUUCUUCCAAGAAGAUUGAGGAGAUCCAACUGUAUUCUAUUAAGUACAUCUAAAUAUCAAAUCCUACUAGAAGUUAAGACAGCUUACAGAUCUAAAGACAUCUAGCCAAUCCAACCUCCAUCAUGGGGGCCAUGACCUGGCUAUUGCCAGGCAUCUUUCUAGCUUUGCUUGCCCACACUUCUGAAGGUGGGGUCAUCAAAAAAGUCAUCCGGCACAAGCGACAGAGUGGAGUAAACAUGACCCUGCCAGAGGAGAAUCAGCCAGUGGUGUUCAACCACGUCUACAACAUCAAGUUGCCCAUGGGCUCUCAGUGCUCAGUGGAUCUGGAGUCAGUGAAUGGAGAGAAAGACCUAACCCCCACCCCAGAGUCCAGUGGAAGCUUCCAGGAACACACAGUGGAUGGAGAAAACCAGAUUGUGUUCACACACCGCAUCAACAUCCCCCGCCGGGCCUGUGGCUGUGCUGCAGCUCCGGAUGUGAAGGAGCUCCUGAGCAGGUUGGAGGAGCUGGAGAUGCUGGUAUCUUCUCUAAGGGAGCAGUGCACCAUGGGUACAGGCUGUUGUCUCCAACCUGCAGAAGGACGUCUGGACUCUAGGCUCUGCAGUGGCCGAGGCAACUUCAGCGCCGAAGGAUGUGGCUGUGUCUGUGAACCAGGCUGGAAAGGCCCCAACUGCUCUGAGCCCGAAUGUCCCGGAAACUGUAACCUCCGAGGCCAGUGCCUUGACGGACAGUGUGUCUGUGACCAGGGUUUCACGGGUGAGGACUGCAGCCAGCUGGCCUGUCCCAAUGACUGCAACGACCAGGGCAGGUGUGUGAACGGAGUCUGUGUGUGCUUUGAAGGCUAUGCCGGGGUUGACUGUGGCCUAGAAGUCUGCCCGGUGCCCUGCAGUGAGGAACAUGGGAUGUGUGUGGACGGCCAAUGUGUGUGCAAGGAUGGCUUUGCUGGUGAUGAUUGCAAUGAGCCCCUGUGCCUCAACAACUGCUACAACCGUGGGCGGUGCGUAGAGAACGAGUGCGUGUGUGAUGAGGGCUUCACAGGUGAGGACUGCAGUGAGCUCAUCUGCCCCAAUGACUGCUUCGACCGCGGCCGCUGCGUCAACGGCACCUGCUACUGUGAGGAAGGUUUCACGGGCGAAGACUGCGGUGAGCUCACCUGCCCCAACAACUGCCAGGGCCAUGGCCAGUGCGAGGAGGGACAGUGUGUUUGCGACGAGGGCUUUGCCGGUGCAGACUGCAGUGAAAAGCGGUGUCCUGCAGAUUGCCACCACCGCGGCCGCUGCCUCAAUGGUCAGUGUGAGUGUGAUGAUGGGUACACAGGGGCCGACUGUGGGGACCUACAGUGCCCCAACGGCUGCAGUGGGCAUGGCCGCUGCGUCAAUGGGCAGUGUGUGUGUGAUGAGGGCUACGCUGGAGAAGACUGCAGCCAGCAGCGAUGCCCGAAUGACUGCCACAACCGGGGCCUUUGUGUACAGGGCAAGUGCAUAUGUGAACAAGGCUUCAAGGGCUUUGACUGUAGUGAGAUGAGCUGUCCCAAUGACUGCCACGGCCACGGCCGCUGUGUGAACGGCAUGUGCGUCUGUGAUGAUGACCACACUGGGGAAGACUGCAGAGACCGCCGCUGUCCCCGGGACUGCAGCCAGCGGGGCCACUGUGUGGCUGGACAAUGCAUAUGUGAGGAUGGCUUCACCGGCCCUGACUGUGCUGAGCUCUCCUGCCCCAAUGACUGCCAUGGUCACGGCCGCUGUGUGAAUGGCCAGUGCAUCUGCCAUGAGGGCUUCACUGGCAAAGACUGCAAAGAGCAAAGGUGCCCCAGUGACUGCCAUGGCCAAGGCCGCUGUGAGGAUGGCCAGUGCAUCUGUCAUGAAGGCUUCACAGGCCUGGACUGUGGGCAACGCUCCUGCCCCAGUGACUGCAGCAAUCUGGGACAAUGUGUUUCAGGCCGCUGCAUCUGCAAUGAAGGCUACAUGGGCGAAGACUGCUCUGAGGUGUCCCCUCCCAAAGACCUUAUUGUGACAGAAGUAACAGAAGAGACUGUAAACCUGGCAUGGGACAAUGAGAUGCGGGUCACUGAGUAUCUCAUUAUGUACACACCCACCCAUGCUGAUGGCCUGGAGAUGCAGUUCCGUGUGCCUGGGGACCAGACAUCCACUACCAUCCGGGAGCUGGAGCCAGGAGUGGAGUACUUCAUCCGUGUGUUCGCCAUCUUGGAGAACAAGAGGAGCAUCCCUGUCAGUGCCAGGGUUGCCACCUACUUGCCUGCACCCGAAGGACUAAAAUUCAAGUCUAUCAAGGAGACAUCCGUGGAAGUAGAGUGGGAUCCUCUAGACAUUGCUUUUGAGACUUGGGAGAUCAUCUUCCGGAAUAUGAAUAAAGAAGAUGAGGAAGAGAUCACCAAAAGCUUGAGGCGACCAGAGACCUCUUACCGACAAACUGGCCUUGCUCCUGGGCAAGAAUAUGAAAUAUCUUUGCACAUUGUGAAAAACAACACCCGAGGCCCAGGCUUGAAGAAAGUGACCACAACCCGCUUGGAUGCCCCCAGCCAGAUCGAGGUGAGAGACGUCACAGACACCACAGCAUUGAUCACCUGGUUCAAGCCCCUGGCUGAGAUUGAUAGCAUCGAGCUCUCCUAUGGCAUCAAGGACGUGCCUGGAGACCGCACCACCAUUGACCUCACACAUGAAGAGAACCAGUAUUCCAUUGGGAACCUGAAGCCUGAUACCGAGUAUGAGGUGUCCCUUGUCUCCCGAAGGGUGGACAUGUCGAGCAACCCUGCCAAGGAGACCUUCACCACAGGCCUGGAUGCGCCCAAGAAUCUUCGCCGUGUCUCCCAGACAGACAGCAGCAUCACCCUGGAAUGGCGGAAUGUCAAAGCGGACAUCGACAGUUACAGAAUUAAGUACGCACCUAUCUCAGGAGGUGACCAUGCUGAGGCUGAUGUUCCAAAGAGCCAGCAAGCCACAACCAAAACCACUCUCACAGGUCUGAGGCCAGGAACUGAAUAUGGGGUUGGUGUUUCUGCUGUGAAGGGAGACAAGGAGAGUGAUCCAGCAACCAUCAAUGCCGCCACAGAAAUUGAUGCACCCAAGGACUUGCAGGUGUCUGAAACCACACAGGACAGUCUGACUCUAUUCUGGAAGACACCAUUGGCCAAGUUUGACCGAUACCGCCUCAACUACAGCCUCCCCACAGGCCAGUCUAUAGAGGUCCAGUUGCCAAAGGAUGCUACCUCCCAUGUCCUGACAGAUCUGGAGCCAGGGCAAGAAUACACUCUCCUCCUCACUGCCGAGAAGGGCAGGCACAAGAGCAAGCCUGCACGUGUGAAGGCAUCCACAGAACAAGCGCCUUCCCUGGAAAAUCUCACCGUGACUGAGGCCGGCUGGGAUGGCCUCAGACUCAACUGGACUGCAGAUGACCUGGCCUAUGAGUACUUUGUCAUUCAGGUGCAGGAGGCCAACAAGGUGGAGGCCGCUCACAACUUCACAGUACGUGGCAACCUCCGGGCUGCAGACAUCCCGGGUCUCAAGGCUGCCACUCCUUAUAGAGUCUCCAUCUAUGGGGUAGCCAGAGGCUCUCGAACACCAGUGCUCUCUGCUGAGGCCUCCACAGGGAAAACUCCCGAUUUGGGAGAAGUCUCUGUCGCCGAGGUGGGCUGGGAUGCCCUCAAGCUCAACUGGACUGCUCCAGAAGGGGCCUAUCAGAACUUUUUCAUUCAGGUGCUAGAGGCUGACACGACUCAGCCUGUCCAGAACGUCACAGUCCCUGGAGGACUGAGGUCAGUGGACCUGCCUGGGCUCAAAGCGGCCACUCGCUAUCACGUCACCAUCCGAGGGGUCACUCAGGACUUCAGCACGGCCCCUCUCUCUAUUGAAGUCUUGACAGAGGAGCUCCCUCAUUUGGGAAGCUUAUCCGUGACUGAGGUCAGCUGGAAUAGCCUCAGACUCAACUGGACUGCAGGUGACCUGGCCUAUGAGUACUUUGUCAUUCAGGUGCAGGAGGCCAACAAUGUGGAAGCUGCUCAGAAUCUCACAGUGCCCGGCAGCCUCAGGGCUGUGGACAUCCCGGGUCUCAAGGCCGCCACUCCUUAUAGAGUCUCCAUCUAUGGGGUGAUCCAGGGUUAUAGAACACCAAUGCUCUCUGCUGAUGCCUCCACAGCCAAAGAACCUGAAAUUGGAAAUUUAACUGUUUCUGACAUCACUCCCGAGAGCUUCAAUCUCUCUUGGACGGCAACCGACGGGAUCUUCGACAUGUUUACUAUUGAAAUUAUUGAUUCCAAUAGGUUGCUGCAGACGGCAGAACAUAAUAUAUCUGGUGCUGAACGAACUGCCCACAUCUCAGGGCUUCCCCCUAGUACUGAUUUCAUUAUCUACCUCUCUGGAAUUGCUCCCAGCAUCCGGACCAAAACCAUCAGUACCACAGCCACCACAGAGCCAGAACCACAGUUGAGCACGCUAAUCCUUAGCAAUAUUACUCCUGACAGCUUCAACGUGUCAUGGACCACACAAGCUGGGCUUUUUGCAAAGAUUGUUAUCAAUGUGAGCGAUGCUCAUUCACUGCAUGAGUCUCAGCAACUCACAGUCCCGGGAGAUGCACAGCAAGCUCACAUCACGGGCUUGGUGGAGAACACUGCCUAUGAUGUCAGUGUGACAGGGACCACCUGGGCUGGUGACCCCACCAGACCCCUCACUGCCUUUGUUGUUACAGAGGCCUUGCCCCUUCUGGAAAAUUUAACCAUUUCCGACACUAAUCCCUACGGGUUCACAGUUUCCUGGAUGGCAUCGGAGAAUGCCUUUGACAGCUUUGUAGUAACGGUGGUGGAUUCUGGGAAGCUGCUGGACCCCCAGGAAUUCACACUUUCAGGAACCCAGAGGAAGCUGGAGCUUAGAGGCCUCAUAACUGGUAUUGGCUAUGAGGUCCUGGUCUCUGGCUUCACCCAAGGGCAUCAAACCAAGCCCUUGAGGGCUGAGGCUGUUACAGAAGCUGAACCGGAAGUUGACAACCUUCUAGUUUCAGAUGUCACUCCAGGCGGUUUCCGUCUGUCCUGGACUGCUGAUGAAGGGAUUUUCGACAGUUUUGUUCUCAGGAUCAGAGAUACUAAAAAGCAAUCCGAACCACAAGAAAUAACCCUCCCUUCCCCCGAACGUACCAGGGACAUAACAGGUCUCAGAGAGGCCACUGAGUAUGAAAUUGAACUCUAUGGAAUAAGCGGUGGAAGGCGAUCCCAGCCAGUCAGUGCCAUAGCAACAACAGCCAUGGGUUCUCCAAAGGAAAUCAUGUUCUCAGACAUCACUGACAGCGCAGCCACGGUCAGCUGGAAGGCACCUACUGCCCAAGUGGAGAACUUCCGGAUUACCUAUGUGCCUAUGACAGGAGGUGCCCCCUCCAUGGUGACCGUGGAUGGAACUGAUACUGAGACCCGUCUGGUGAAGCUCACUCCUGGGGUGGAGUACCACGUCAGCAUUAUUGCCAUGAAGGGCUUUGAAGAAAGUGAUCCCGUCUCGGGGUCACUAACCACAGCUCUGGAUGGUCCAUCCGGCCUGCUGGCAGCGAACAUCACAGACUCCGAAGCCUUGGCCAUGUGGCAGCCAGCCAUUGCCGCUGUGGACAGUUACGUCAUCUCCUACACAGGGGAGAGAGUGCCAGAAGUUACACGCACAGUGUCUGGGAACACAGUGGAGUAUGAACUACAUGAUCUGGAGCCUGCCACAGAGUACACACUGAGGAUCUUUGCAGAGAAAGGCCACCAGAAGAGUUCUGCCAUCACUACCAAGUUCACCACAGACCUCGAUUCCCCAAGAGACUUGGCUGCUACUGAGAUUCAGUCGGAAACUGCCCUCCUCACCUGGAGACCUCCCCGGGCAUCAGUUACGGGUUACCUCCUGGUCUAUGAAUCUCUGGAUGGUGCAGUCAAGGAAGUCAUUGUGGGACCGGAUGCCACCUCCUACAGCCUGGCAGACCUGAGUCCAUCCACCCACUACACAGUGAGGAUCCAAGCACUGAAUGGAUCCCUAAGGAGCAGGCUGAUCCAAACCAUCUUUACCACAAUUGGACUCCUGUACCCAUUCCCCAGGGACUGCUCUCAAGCAAUGUUGAAUGGUGACACCACCUCCGGCCUCUACACCAUCUACAUAAAUGGUGACAAGAGCCAAGCACUGGAAGUCUACUGCGAUAUGACCUCUGAUGGAGGUGGAUGGAUCGUUUUCCUGAGACGCAAAAAUGGACGUGAGGACUUCUAUCGAAAUUGGAAGGCCUAUGCCGCUGGGUUUGGGGACCGCAGAGAAGAAUUCUGGCUUGGACUGGAUAACCUGAGCAAAAUCACAGCCCAAGGGGAGUACGAGCUCCGGGUGGACCUACAGGACCAUGGGGAGUCAGCCUUUGCUGUGUAUGACAGGUUCAGUGUGGGAGAUGCCAAGAGUCGCUACAAGCUCAAAGUAGAAGGAUACAGCGGAACAGCAGGUGACUCCAUGAACUACCACAAUGGCAGAUCCUUCUCCACCUAUGACAAGGACACAGACUCGGCCAUCACCAACUGUGCUCUGUCCUACAAAGGAGCUUUCUGGUAUAAGAACUGUCAUCGUGUCAACCUGAUGGGCAGAUAUGGGGACAACAACCACAGUCAGGGUGUUAACUGGUUCCAUUGGAAGGGCCACGAGUACUCCAUCCAGUUUGCUGAGAUGAAGCUGAGACCCAGCAGCUUCCGAAAUCUUGAAGGCAGGCGGAAGCGAGCAUAACUUCCAGGAACAGCUGGGUGAGAGAGGAAUGAGGCCCAGAGAAAGGAAAGGACUUUACCAAAGCAUCAACACAACCAGUCCAACAGUCAAGCUCUCGCUGGGCAUUUGGUGGGCGUCCAGUCCGACGACAGAUCACCGAGGCACUGGCACAGGCCCCUCUGCAGUUACUUCCUUUGCACCAAAGACAACAGUCUGCAACCAGUCAGUUUCUGCUUUGCUGUUUGAUUGAGCAAAGUCUUCCAGUGACAGCAACACCGUGAUUUUUUUUUUUUUUUUUUUACUUCUCUUGGGUGGUUCUGGGAAUGGGAGAGGGGUAGGCUGGCUAUACAGUGGAUGUAGUCAUUUUUAGAACCAGCCACAUUUUACACAAAGCUGUAUAAUUAAUUGUUAUUGAAUGGGGGUAGCGCAGAUUAAAAACGUGGUCAUUGGACGUUACCCCUUACCCCCUGUUGUUUGUACAUUUCAUACAACUGAAGCCAGAAAAGUGGUACUGUCUAAACUUCAAGGAUAUUAAUAUUAUUAAUAUAAUAAUGGUGAUGGUAAUGAUGAAAACUGAGGACUUUUUAAGAGAUGUUCCCUUCCCAAAUGCAUCUGGACAGUACCUGAUUGUAUUUUUUUUUAAUAAAAGCACAAGUACUUUCGA